AUGGAUGAGGAGAACUUCUAUAAGCAACGGGCUAAAGUGAGAUGGUUGAAUGAAGGGGAUGCUAAUACUAGAUACUUCGAUCUUAUGACCAUUCUUGGGGUCCAAGAUGCUGUUGUUGAUCCUUUUAUGCCAGAGGAGAUGUUCACUAGACGAUUGUCCAUUGCGGGAGGUCGUAGAAUUACGGACAAUAUUCUUAUGGCUCAUGAGCUUGUUUCGGGCUAUAAAAGGAAUGAAGGUUCUCCUCGGUGUGCUUUCAAGAUUGAUGUGCAAAAAUCCUAUGAUACAGUGGAUUGGCAUUUUCUGCAAAAUAUGUUAGCUGGAAUGGGUUUUCAUCCAGUCAUGGUGAGGUGGAUUGGAGAAAUGAAAUGUAUCUCGGAGGCUGAUUCUUUUGGGUAUCAUAAAGGAUGCCAUUCUUUGAUGCUUACUCAUCUUUGUUUCGCUGAUGACUUAUUUGUUUUUACGCGAGGUGAUGUGGCUUCGGUAGAAGUUCUGAAAAAGGCCCUAGAUAUGUUUAAGAGAAGAUCGGGUUUGUCUCCUAGCCUUGCCAAAAGUGCAAUAUUCUUUGCUAAUGUUCCAGAAACUAAAUAUGAUAUUCUAGGUUGUUUACCUUUUUAUGGAGGCUACCUUUCCUAUUCGAGUCUCUCUUCCGUGAUUUCUUAUGGUCACAAGGAAGUAGUGUGGGAUGAGGUCUGUAAACUGAAGAAGAACUCAAAUACGUCUUGGGUUUGGCAUAAGCUGCUGGAUAUUUGGGACCAUUUACGAUCGCUAUUUGUUAUUCAGAUUGGGGAUGGUAUGUCCACGAAUGCUUGGGAGGAUAAGUGGCUUCCUAAUGGUACGUUGGCAAACUUCCUUUGUUAUCGUUUAAUGCAUGCUAGUGGCUUCAAUUCGCUCUCCACUGUGUAUGAUGUUGUAAAUCAAUUGGAUGAUAAUUGGCUGGAGACUUAG